AUGGCAGAACCCCUGGACCAUGAUGCGCUGGCCGACGAGUUGGUCGUCCAGGAAGUCAUUCUCGACUCCCUCCAGGGCGAACACUUCGAUGGGGCCGAACAGGAGCGCCAGGAGGCGAGGCGCGAGAUUGCCAGGUUGAGGGCCCUUCUCAGCCAGCCGCCGGGACCUGCUCAAACCCCCAACAGGGACUCGAGCUGCGAUGGAGACGGCCGUGACGAUGCCCAAGCCCAGAGCCGCCAUUCUCUGCCCACCUCGACAACCCCAACAGCUGCCCCUCCAGCGCGACUAUCCGCCAGCGUGGAACCAGCCAGUUCGCGCCAUAGCUCGGCGGCAUUUUCGACUCCUCGCACGCCCAGGAUGGACAAUGACAUCUGGAGAAGCCCAGGUGCCCGCUCUCUGCCGAGUCGCAAGCGUGAGUGUGAAUCGCCGCUCCUGAGCAUCGCUAGAGGAACGGCCAAGGCUCGACGUAUCACCCCGACGCCUCAAAGUAAUGGAUUCGCCACACCGCAAGACAGCUCCAGCAGUGUCAUAGACAUUAUCGACCUUACUGGGCACGCCAACUCCAUCCCCCCUCGUUCGGGCCACUCAGACGCCUUUUCAAAGAUAAUGGCUUCGCAAAUGCCCAACUCGCAUGGGCAAUUCGUUAAGCGCGAAGGCCCAGCUUCUCGCCCGCCACAGGCACUACCCAUGCCUGGCGCAUAUGAUGCCCGCUGGGAUGAGCCUUACGGGCCCAACUUGUACAACUCUAUGCCGUCGACGGCGUUUAGUGGCCCGGGUCAGAGCCCUUUUACGACGACUCCACAGGCAUUUCCUCACAAGCCACUGCCGUCCAGUACAAGCUUCAGCCCAGGUGCUCUGAAUCAGUCACCUGGUGUCAACGGGCUUCCUUUUUCGUACGGGAGCCCCUUUGCGCAUCCCUAUCAAGCAGGACGGCCGCUAGCAGUCGGUUUCGCACCGGCUUCGAGCAUGUAUGCCCCCCCCAGGACUCCAGCCUUACCGAGCUCCGGCAGCGUGAGCCUGCUUGAUGCCAUCGACAAAACCAGCAUGCUCGACUAUGCCAACCAGCUCGACGCUGAAGGAAAUCCCUUUGCCGACAGGUUGUCCAGCUUUCUUGACCACGCGUACCAUGAUCCCAAUGUGAGCGAAAAGGAGUUGGACGAGCUGCUGCAAAACAUUCGCCCGGACAUGGACAUCCCGGAUAAGCAUCGGGACGGGACGCCGGCAGGACUUAAGCAGUCACUCUACCACCACCAGGAACUCGCCUUGUCUUGGAUGAAGAAAAUGGAGGAGGGUAGCAACAAAGGCGGCAUCUUGGCCGACGACAUGGGUCUCGGCAAGACGAUAUCCACCCUGGCUCUCAUGUUGGCAAGACCUGCCGUAGGGCGACCCAAGACAAACUUGAUUAUCGGGCCGCUCUCGCUAGUACGCCAGUGGGAAGAAGAGAUUUCGAAGAAGACUAAGCUCUCGCAUCGCAUGUCCGUCUUCGUAUAUCACAACACCAAGGCGACGACGGAUGACUUGCUCAGAUACGACGUUGUCCUAACGACGUACGGCACAAUCGCUCAAGAACUAAAGCGGCUGGAGAAGUUCAUGGAGGACAACGCCGAUCGGAACAUUGACUUCAACGACAGGGCCAACGCCCUCAAAUUUCCCUUGCUGCACCCGACCAAAGCUGUCUUUCACAGAGUCGUGCUCGACGAGGCACAGUGCAUUAAGAACAGGAAGACCAAGACGGCGAAAGCCUGCCACGCGCUCAAAUCCACAUAUCGGUGGUGCCUCACUGGUACCCCGAUGAUGAAUGGGGUCCUCGAACUCUUCUCUCUUGUUCAGUUCCUCCACAUCAAGCCUUACUGCGUGUGGGAGAAUUUUCGACAGGCGUUUGGCAUCCUUUGCGGUCUCAAGGGCGAUGCAAAGAGCGUCGCCAUGAGCAGGCUUCGAGCUCUUCUCAAGGCUAUCAUGCUGCGAAGAAAGAAAGACUCGCAGCUAAAUGGGAAACCCAUUCUCAAUCUUCCUUCGAAAGACGAAAGCAUAGUGUACGCUAAGCUUUCUCCCGACGAGAGGGGUUUCUACAAGCAGCUUGAGCAGAAGUCCCAGGUUCUAUUCAGCAAGUACCUACGCGAAGGCUCUAUCGGCAAGAAUUAUUCCAACAUUCUCGUUCUCCUCCUCCGCAUGCGGCAGGCUUGCUGUCAUCCGCACCUCAACCUGGACGUGGACGAUGCCACCCAGUUUGGCAAAGAGAAAGUGGACGAGAAAAUGGUGCAACUGAUCAAGGGGCUCAGCAAGGCCACUGUGGAAAGGAUCAAGGCGAUUGAGGCUUUUGAAUGCCCGAUAUGUUUCGACGCUGUCCAGUCUCCAUCGUUCUUUAUCCCAUGUGGCCACGACAGCUGCAAGGAUUGUGUCACGCGCUUAGUCGACAACGCUGCGGCCGCCAACCUGCAGGCUGGAGAUGAAAGCGACAAGGCUAAGUGCCCUGUGUGUCGUGGCACUUUUGAUGGCAAGAAGUGCUUCACGUACGAAGCGUUUCGGAGCGUUCACAUGCCCGAAACUGUGGUCAAGCAAUCAGAGCCUGGCGUCGAGGACUCAUCCAGCGACGACGAUUCCGAGUCGGAGUCUGAGGUUGACACGGAGGAGGUUAACGCCAAGGGGAACUUGCGAGGUUUCGUCGUGGAGGAUGACGACUCGGACCACGUGGACCACGCCAUGUCGCAAGCCAACAAAGCUGAAAAGACUCCCAAGAAGAACAAAAAGGGCAAGAAAAAGCCGGCCGACGUCAAGCCAUCCAUGCUGAAGAGCUUGCGGCUGGAGGCAAUCAAGAAUCGGGAGGCGUACAAGCGAUAUAUGCGCUACCUGCGAAAGACGUGGAUGCCAGCGGCCAAAGUCACCGAGUGCAUGAACCUUCUCAAGAAGAUUCAAGAAACAGGAGAGAAGACCAUUGUCUUUUCUCAGUGGACCCUACUUCUGGAUUUACUACAGGUGGCCAUGUGGCAUGACAAGUUCAAGGACAAGCCGGAGCGGUACGACGGCAGCAUGUCGGGCGAGGAUCGUGCCCGGGCUGCCAGAGACUUCCGGGACAGGGACAACGUCAAGGUCAUGCUGGUGUCUCUCCGAGCCGGGAAUGCGGGCUUGAACCUCACGUCUGCCAACAAUGUCAUCAUCAUGGACCCUUUUUGGAAUCCAUACAUCGAGAUGCAGGCUGUGGACCGUGCGUACCGUAUCGGCCAGAAACUGGAGGUGAAAGUCUACCGCAUCCUCACCGAGGAGACGGUCGAGGACCGCAUCAUCGCGCUGCAGGAGCGCAAAAAGGCGAUUGUUGAGGCGGCACUGGACGAGACCGAGAGCAUGAAGAUUGGUCGCCUGAAUGUCAACGAACUCAAGUUCCUUUUCAACACGAGGGACUAG